UGAUCUUCCAAUGAAGAUGGUGUCCUGUUUUCCUUUUUUUUUUUUUGAAGAUUAAGAAAGAAAUAUAUCUUUUCUUUUUUGGUUCUAAAUUUUAAACUUUUCUCUAUGUCUCAAGAGUUCUUGAGGUUAGUGAAAAGGAAUUUAAUAAGAAAAUUUUCACAACCAAUAAUUAGUUUUUUUUCCCUCUUUUUUGUAUCUUUAUUUUGUUGUAUGUCACGGGAUUUGUUAGUCUGUUUGCACCCAGAAACUAAUGUUGAUAUAUAAAUAAAUAAUUGCAGUUCUUUUGACUUAUAUGAAAUACCCAUCUUUUUUAUUCGUUUCUUUUAUAGCUUCGUCGUCGACUUCAAUUGCCCAAUUCGGUGCGGAAUUUGCAAAACCAUUCUCUUUCUUUCUCUCCCAGUUCAUUUUCCUUUCCAAGAAAUUGAUGGAAAUUCCCAAAUUGAAUCCGUCUUCUCUCCGGGAAGUUAAUCAAUUGGAAGAAACGAGAAUUUCCCAGAAAAUUUCAGUUUGUAGUCAGCCAAACGGUGUACAUUACUCCACAAAUUCCGAUAGCUUCGUCAUCGAUAUGAAUGGCUUCUCCAAUGGCGGAACCAAAGAACCCACCACAAAUCCCAGAAUUACAUUGCAGAGAAAUUUAUCAAGAAUAGGGUCUCAGCGUGGCGGCGACAAGAUGAUUGCGAGCAAUUCCGCUCCUAUGGAUAGAGAUUCAUCAUCUCCAACAGUUGCAGUUGGAGCUACCAUGGCGGAAAAAGCAGCAGGGGCGGCGGUGGCAAUGGCAGUGGGGUCUCAACAAGACCAUUUGGGAGUUCCACAAGUUCAUCACCAGAUCACUAUAACCACCGGCAACACGGCGGCUCCGGUUGAAAGAGCCAUUCUUAGAAGAAACAGUUUCAGAAGGCCUCCCUCUUCGUGGAUGUUGGAUCCCAAGAAAGUUCUUCUCUUGUUUGCCACUGUGUCGUGUAUAGGAAGUAUGAUGCUGAUAUACUUCACUUUGGCCAUCGGAAAACCCAACGCCGAGGAACGGGGAUUUGAUUAAUUAUAACAACAAAGGUAGGCAAAGCAAGAACCAGAAAUAACAACAUAACACAGAGUUGAAGAUGAUUUGAGAUGUGUUUGUACAAAGAGAGAGAGAAUGAUGAGAAAGACAAAAGAGCAGAUUAAACGAAAGAGGGGUACCACAGGUUUUCUCAUGGCCUCUGGCACUCGGAUGCGGCACGUUUACAUUAGUUUAGAAAAAGAAGAAGAAAGUGACACACUAGAAUGUGACAAAGGAAUGGAAUCUUCCCUUUUCUUUUUGUUUUCUUCUGUUAAUUACCAAAAUUGACAGAUGAAAGAACUCAGAUCAGAAACGUGGUUUUGCUUUUGAUUUGAAGCUGUGUUAAGGAUUUCUCUCCACCUGCUAGAUUAGUGGAGAGUGGUUGAGUGGUGAUUGAUCUGGUCACUCUUCAAAUACUUUUACAAUCUCCUUUUUUCUUCCAAUAUUCCUUGUUUAUAAAGUCAUUCCUUUGCAUUCUGUGGCUUCCAUGUGAGCAAGAAGAGUGGGCUACAGUCCUACAAACAGAAAGUGUAUUUGGCUGUACUCAAUGCAUGCGCACUUGAAGAUUUUCCAACAGUGUUUUUGUAUUGUUCCUAUUUCAGGAUGUGGUUUUGCUCUGUAAUGUGAUUACUAUUUCAAGUAAAGUAGGAGGAUGAAGUUUGAAAAUGGAAA